AGGUACUUGCUGGCCUGUCAGACUCCCAAACACAACUUAAUCCUGCGAGACCGCGAGAUCUUUCAAUAGAGUGCGAGCAAGCGACGAGAAAAGAGCGACAGUGUGUUCUAUCCGAGCGUAGAUUCGAGAUCGUGUUUUUCGUGUCGUGUACCAGGUUGAAUUUUAAGUUCUGGUGACUUUUUACGUGUUCUGCUCUGAUAAACUGCCCAUGGAAUACUUCGGAGAAACAUGUGACUAGGCCUAGGGAACGAAAUAAAUUCAAACGGUGCGUGAAACACAACAUAAUUCCUAAUGUGUAAUUUCGGUAUGUGGUGGAUCAUGUUAGCAGUGGCGGCGAUAGUAGGUGGAGUGGACGCUAUGACGUGCGAAGAGGCUAGGAUGAAAUGCGCCUACAGAUUUGGCUGUGGUAGGGCUCUGCAGAUGUACGCGCUGGACUGCUCCACUGUUCUGCAAGGACCUCAACCAACCCACUGCCCGGAAGUUUGCCAGCAUUCUCUUCUGGCACUUCUGUCCACGGAAGAAGGGGAGAAUUUGAUGACUUGUGAAUGUAGCGACGAGUUCUGUGCAGACCAAAAACGCCGAACUGAAGUCUGCAAACCAAUGGUCAUGAGGCAAGCGAAAGAACCAGUCCUGCCCUGCAGAGUAGCCCAAUGGAUAUGCGCGGCAGAUGCCCAAUGUUCUAUGGCUCUAGAAUACUACAACCAACUGUGUCGCUCGAUGUUCCACGGUAAAAAGUGCACAUCGCGUUGUCACAAUUCUAUAUCCAUAUUAACGAGGCAAGAAAAAGCGGCAAAACUAACAAACUGUAGAUGCGACGGCACCGAAGAAUACGAUUGCCGAGCUAUACAGAAGAACAUGCAGAAGCUCUGCUUUCGUAGGCAUAGAAGACCUCAUUCCGGUUCUAAAAAUGAAAGUACUCCUACAGUGCAUCACAGUGUUAAUAAUAAUAAUAAUCACAGAGACAAACCGGCGACAAAACAUAGGAAAACAACGACUCUUGCUCCUAGAGUUGUCGUGGUGGAAGAGCCCAACAAUUCCAUCCGAACUAGGUUCGAUUUGUUCGUACUGUCUAUGAGUUUUCUUCUUCUUCUUUCGACGUGAUAUAGUCACAUGAGAAGUUUGAGUAUUAUCGAAUUUAUAUGGUUCCUUAUUGUAACGAAGCAAGGGUAAGAGCUGGUGGUACAAAUAUUUAUGAUAAAGAAAAUGAAAGUGUUAAAUAUAGGACAUUGAGAAUUUCCUUAAUCAGUAUUGAAGAAAAUUGAUCUGUUACAAAAGCAAGAAAAUGAUUCAUUUGACUACUUCGAUGUACUGAGCAAGUUUUUUUCAGGAAGACUAUCUGUGAUAUGCUUUCAUCUAUACAAUAAUUCGUCUAUUUGCAUUCUCCUCGUAGUGGUUAUGAUAUUCUUGCCUUCACAGAAUCUCGUCAAAAUCAUUUUGUAGCAAUGUUCAUUUAUGUGACUACAGCUAUGACAACAACGACAAGAAAAUGAGAUUAUCAGGAUGAAAUUUAUUGCAUCCACAUUCAUGAAAUAUUCACUUUUCAUUACAAUCAUUAAAUCAUCCAACCAAAAGAAUAUAUCUACUUCAAAGUAUUCAAAUGAUUAACCAUCUUCAGGAAUGAAAACCAACUGAAAUGAAUUCCAAAUGAUUGUCGAUAGAAUAUAUCGAUAUUUCGAGUACAAAUAACUGUGCCAAAGAAUGAGAGUUCGAAACUCUCGAGAAUGUAGGCAGAGCUCUAAAUUUAUUAUUGUGCCUCUUCUUUUCGGUUUGGUUUCCAACUUGAAGUUAUUCUUCACAUCAUUGAUUUUUGUUCUUCGAUAUCGGUGAACUGCCCAUUUAGGAAUUUAGAUUGUUAUCGACCCGAAGCGAAAGAUAUUGUUCUAAUUAGUAUUUUGAAAUCGAAUCUACCUCGUAUUUACUGCAGUAUUUAUUGAUUUAUUUAUUGCACUAUGCUUAUUGCUUCAAUUUUUUGUAAGUCUGUAAGUGUUUAUUGAAGAAUCGACUCAUUUAUGGGUUAGCACCAACUGGAAGAUCACUGAUAAAAUAAUUUAAGACGAUCGAUGGAUUCAGUUACAAGAUCAGUUUAUGUUUUUCCAUGAGUUUCAACCCCAAACCUGAUCAAUCGUAUACAAUGAUCUUUAGAAUGAUUCAUUUAUGAUUACUUUUUUAAAUUUAACUAAAUGAUGAGAAAAGAUGAGAAGUAGAGAUGUUUAUUUAAUAUGGACGUGAAAUGCCAUAAAAAAUAUGACAAUUUUCUACAAUUCUUGCGUCAAUCGACAAGUAAAACUGUCAAUUCGCAACUGCCAUUUUCUGGAUAAUCGAUUGAACUAGGCGAGUAGGAUGAAACAUUAUUCUAUUAUAAGAAUCCAAAAACAAACAAAAAAUACAAGUCACUUGAUACACCAAUGAUAAAAAAAUGUGACAAAAUAACUUCGGCUGGCAAUGUCAUUACAGUUACUCAUAGUUUUCAAGUUUGAAUUUCCUAUAAAAUUCCUUCCACAUGAGUGAAAUAUCAAAUACGAAAAAAUUAUAUAAUAGUCGAAUCAAAAAUUUAUAAAGUCAAGUAAUAUUUGGCAAUGGAAUGAAAAAUAUUUUUUGCUUUUUGCUCUCUUUCAAACGCAUUUCUAUCCAAUAAAAUUUCAAAUGAUUCUAUUUAUACAGUGAUAAUUUAUUUUGUUUGAAAUAUAUUCCUCCUUCGAUCUUCUUGAGAGUGUUGAAACAUAGAAGCUUUCGCUGUAUAUAAAGCCUUAAGUUAUUCGAUGAGUCUUCUUCAACAAACACCGAAAAUAUCAAAAUCGUCUGUUUCUUAUAGAACAUAUUGUAAAUACUACAAAUAAUUAUGAUGUAACAACCAGUGACUAGAAAAUUAUAGGUUUUGAAAACUGUAAAUAUACCUCUACCUAUAAUCAGUUAAGAUUAAAGAACAGAUCUUUUUUCCGUCAUUUCGUAAUUUGUAUAAUAUGUAUGUUGAUGUAUUUGUAUAGAAUUUUAUUUUUGUUGGUUCAAAAUUGUCAAGUUUGAACUAAGUUUCCGAAUUUCAGUUUCCUCGAAAAUGAAAAUGUGAGAAAUGGAAAUGAUUAUUUCCAAUAUUUUAAUAAAAUG